AUGCCCGACUCAUUAGACAUAACAGGAUUCGUGAUCUCGAUCAUAUCGCUCGUAGGCCUCCACAAGCUAGGAGCUCUCGCCGCGAGCCGCCUCCCGCCAGGUCGCCUAAAAGCCAUCAAGGCCGAUCUCACAGAGAUGCGCGAGCUCCUAGAGCACCUGGAGUGCGAGCGGUAUCCCAGUGGCGCGGCCACGCUGCACCAGUUCCAGAGCAGCCUACAACAGCUUAACACGCGCGCGGGGAACCUAUCACUAGAGACGAGUAGAUGGAAGGAACGAGGAGUCUUGCGCCGGUACGCGCAUUGGGCGGAGUGCGGCGAGCUCAUCCACGACUGCAGGGACCUGCAGGGCGACAUCGCAGAUCUGCGUGCACACCUGCACAAGCUGCCGCCCCGGGCACGGCACGCCUGGCACGCCCUCCAGGUGAUGCCUUCCGAGGCCGGCUCUUCUUACACCGCGGCGGGUUCUCCCAAUCCCACUAUCGCCACCUCGGUCUCCUCCGCCUCCGCCUCUUCCACUGUUGCUUCCUCAUCUCCCUCGCUGCCCGAGACUCCCUCUUCUUCGGUGUCGGACGCUGCUCCGACGCCCGUCAAAUCCGGUGACACCACCGAACCCGCGGAAUCCCCCGAACCCGCUCCCGCACCUGACAACUGGGGCAGGCGGAUGCGUAGGAGGAGCAUCUCGUCGGAGUCCACCGAGUCCACCGAGCCCCUCGAAUCCACCGAACCUGCCCCCGCACACGACGGCAGCCACUGGAUGAAGCGCACAGCGCGCACCACCAUCCACACGCCCCCGGAAGAAUACAUCCCGGAGAGGCGGAGGGCGCUAGUGCCGGGUCGGUCCGACGUGCCCAUUCUGCGCAACCGCGCUGCGAAGACGGCCGACCAUGAGCCCGAGUAA